GGUAUCGCCGGCCGGGAGCGGCGGGCUCCGGGCUGCCUGCGGGAGGCAGAGCGGGGGGAGAGCCGGGGCGUAACUUCGCAGUGGACUGCUCCGUGCCCUCCCCCGGCCCGCAAGGGGAUUAAACCCCUUCGAGCCCGACGACUGUCUCUUAUCCCCGCGCUUCCCUUCUCCGCCCUGUGCCAGCUGCGAAGCCCGGAGCCUGCGCGGGGCUUUGCUCGCCGCAGGGCGGAGGAAGAUUCGGCUGACUCGCCCGUUAGAAAGGAGAGCCAAGAAGUUCAAUCCCGGUGCGCCCGCAGGAGCUGGCGAGUUCCCGCCCGGUGUCACCGGGCUGCGCGCACCCCCGCUGGCUCUCGGGCUGACGGACCGACUGACAGACUGACAGACUGACGGCAGCCGACGAGCCAUGAAGUUCUGGCUCCGGAGUUGUCUCGCAUCCCGUGGCGUUGCAGAGCGGGGGCGAGCGUGGAGGAACAGUGCGGUAUCAGGAUGUGCAGCACGGGAGAUCAACACCGACUUCAAUAAACCAUGUAAUGGAGGCAGUUCUGGAUCUCUGAAAGGGCUCAGAGUAUCUGCAGUAGUGAACGUUAUCUGGUGGUGGAUGUGGACUUUAAAACAGUGUCUCUCAACAUUUCAUCCUCAACUAUUUCUAAACUGAUUGCACUACAGAAGGAAAGCUGCUAAUGGGAUAAAUGUUGAGACUUUACAAGAACUGACUUGAAGUACCGAAAGCCAUUAUUAUUAAUCAAGAAGAGCUUGAAGCUAGGUCUGUACCUGACCAGUCAGCAUCAUUGUCACAUAACAGGCAUGGCAAGUAAACGAAAAUCAACAACACCGUGCAUGGUCUUAGCCAACGAGCAGGAUCCAGAUCUAGAAAUGGUAUCAGACUUGGAGGAAGGACCACCUGUACUCGCGCCAGCAGAUAACCCUACAGCAGAGAGCGUAACAAGUGAUGAGGAUGUUCAUGAGUAUGUGGAUUCAGACAAUCAGAAAAAUACAAAUAAAGUAGAAGGUGGUUACGAGUGUAAAUACUGUACUUUUCAAACUCCAGAUCUCAAUAUGUUUACUUUUCACGUGGAUUCAGAACAUCCCAACGUAGUAUUAAAUUCAUCCUAUGUUUGUGUAGAAUGCAAUUUUCUUACCAAAAGAUAUGAUGCCCUCUCAGAACAUAAUUUGAAGUACCACCCUGGAGAAGAGAAUUUUAAAUUGACCAUGGUGAAACGUAAUAAUCAGACAAUCUUUGAACAAACAGUGAACGAUCUCACUUUUGACGGGAGUUUUGUUAGAGAAGAGAAUGCUGAACAGGCUGACUCUUCUGAGGUCCCCUCAUCAGGGAUCUCAAUUAGCAAAACUCCUAUUAUGAAAAUGAUGAAAAACAAAACUGAGAAUAAACGUAUCGCUGUUUUCCACAAUGUAGUUGAUGACAUUGCUGGUGAAGAAAAGGGAACUGAAAAUGAGCCAAACUCUGAAGAAGUAGUAGAAAACCCACCACCAGCAGUUUCUGAGUCAAAAGCAAGCCAUUCAGUUGUUUGCAGUGCAGCAGAUGUGGCUAGUGCAGUAGUGACUCCAGCACCAGUGCUUCAGCCUGGGGUGGCACAGGUUAUAACAGCUGUUACAGCUCCACAGAACUCAAACCUGAUUCCAAAAGUCCUAAUACCUGUAAAUAGCAUUCCAGCCUAUAAUACUGCUUUGGAUAACAAUCCUCUUUUGCUUAACACCUACAACAAAUUCCCAUAUCCAACCAUGUCAGAAAUCACUGUUCUUUCCACUCAAGCUAAGUACACAGAGGAACAGAUUAAAAUAUGGUUUUCUGCGCAGCGUCUGAAACACGGUGUCAGCUGGACACCAGAGGAAGUGGAGGAAGCAAGGAGGAAACAAUUUAAUGGCACGGUGCAUACCGUGCCACAGACAAUUACUGUUAUUCCAGCACACAUUUCUGCCGCUAGCAAUGGUUUACCUUCAAUUUUACAGACAUGCCAAAUAGUUGGUCAGCCAGGACUUGUUCUCACGCAAGUUGCAGGUGCAAAUACGUUACCAGUAACAGCCCCAAUAGCUUUGACUGUAGCAGGAGUCCCAAACCAAACGCAGUUACAGAAGAGUCAGAUUCACACUGCUCAGCCUGUUGCAGAAACCAAACAAGUAGCUGCUGUUCCAGCCCCUCAGCCUAUCAAAAAUGAAUGCACGCUGAUGAAUCCUGACUCCUUUGGAAUCCGAGCAAAAAAAACUAAGGAACAGCUGGCAGAAUUGAAAGUCAGCUACCUUAAAAAUCAGUUUCCUCAAGAUUCAGAAAUUGUAAGACUUAUGAAAAUAACGGGCCUGACUAAAGGAGAGAUCAAAAAGUGGUUCAGUGAUACACGCUACAAUCAGAGAAACUCAAAGAAUAAUCAUGGGAUUCAUCUCAACAGUGAUCCGUGUGCCACCAUUGUUAUUGAUUCAAGCGAUGAAAUGAAUGAGUCCCCAACGGGAGUCACUCCACAGAACAAGUCAUCAUGGAGCACUUUUCCUGAUUUCAACCAGCAGAAAUUCAAAGAGAAGACUGCUGAACAGCUGCAGGUCCUCCAAGCAAGUUUUCUUAAUAACCCAGUCCUUACUGAUGAAGAGAUGAAUAGGUUAAGAGCCCAAACCAAACUGACCAGGAGAGAGAUUGAUGCCUGGUUUACAGAAAGAAGGAAAUCUAAUGUCUUGAAAGAAGAGGGAGCUGACUUGAAUGAGAGCAAUGCUGGCAGCUCAAAAGAAGAGACUGGAGAAACAUCUGUGGGAGAUGGAGCAGCAGGAGCCAAACCAGUGGGUUCCACUUCAAGCAAAAUAGGCAAAAAAUCACCAGAGCAGUUGCACAUGCUUAAAAGUUCUUUUGUCCGUACUCAGUGGCCAUCUCCACAAGAAUACAACAAGCUGGCAGAAGAAACUGGGCUCCCAAGAUCAGAAAUUGUGAGCUGGUUUGGAGAUACUCGCUAUGCUUGGAAAAAUGGAGGACUGAAAUGGUAUUAUUAUUACCAGAGCGCAAAUGCAAACAGUCUGAAUGGCCAAGGCUUUGCGAGAAAGAGAGGAAGAGGAAGACCAAAGGGGAGGGGGAGAGGGAGGCCUCGGGGGAGACCUCGGGGAAGCAAGAGGUUAAAUUGCUGGGACAGAGGUGUGUCUGUCAUAAAAUUCAAAACUGGAACAGCAAUCCUAAAGGACUACUAUAUGAAGCACAAAUUCCUUAAUGAGCAAGACCUCGAUGAACUGGUAGCCAAAUCUCACAUGGGAUAUGAGCAGGUCAGAGAAUGGUUUGCAGAAAGGCAAAGAAGAUUAGAACUUGGAAUAGAGCUGUUUGAUGAGAACGAGGAGGAAGAUGAAAUGCUGGAAGAUCAGGAAGAUGAGGAAGAAACAGAUGAUAGUGAUACUUGGGAACCCCCCCGACAUGUUAAGCGUAAACUUUCAAAAUCAGAUUGACAUGCAAUUUAGGAUUUGGGGGCCAAAACCCAAUGAAUUAGGUUUGAUGUUAUGGUGAAGAGCCAAAUGAUUUUUCAUGGCCUUCAAUUUAGCAAGCACCUGCUCAGCAUUUUCGUUCUACAUAAAAGAACAUGGGCAAGAUGCUACCUGUGCAGGCAACAACUAUUUGCUUCCUUGCUACAAAGCGAUGGACAUCCUUAGGCCUAGCCUGGGACAUGGGGUUAUAAAUCAGAUUCAGUUCAGCUCCUCCUCUUCCACAUUAUCAAUUGGAAGAUUCAUGUUCAUCAUUCAUGUGACUGCUUCUCGAUAUUUAAUUGCCUUAUGUUGUUUAAUUCCAAAAAAACAUACACAUGUUUUUCGUUGAUGUAGGAGAACGUUGCCUGCUCAUGAAGGAGGAAAGUACAAAAACCUAAGAUGUCUUUUUGCAAACAUCGCUUCACCUGAAAGGUUUCAAGGCCUGGGUUUAUUUCUUAAGGAAAGAGUUCAAAACAAAAGAGAAGGGGAAAAGUGUGACAAAGGAAUCAAUGAACCUAGGGGUGAGGAUUGCUUGGUUUAAGAAUAUGAGGUGAUAUUGGCACCUUUUGUGUAUUUUCAGAGUGUUUUGGGUUUACAGAACUUGUGCUGAAAUGUUCUUUGUUGAUAAUUAUUUAGACUGAAUGAGUCUAAUGCUAGAAGAUGCUUUUUGUUACAUUUAAUCAGUGUAUCCUACAUCAAUUUAAUUUAAAUGCCUGACAGACUUGAUGCAGUUGAUAGUAACGUUCAUUUUUAGCUUGUGCACUCUUUCCUUUGUUGGAAAUGGUAAGAAAAGUACGUAUAUUUCUAGCUGAAAAGAAUAAUUUCUUGAAAACUUACACUGAAUUUUAAGGUAAACGUGAGGCGGAAACUGCCUAAAAGCUGUUCAGAGUUGCUUGGGGUUCUGUAAGAAUACACAGAUACAGAGACGAAAAGCGUCUUCAGCUGCUAGUAAGAAAGAUUUUCAAGUUGCGGCUAUGACAUGAUGUUUAAUUCUCAAAAAAAAAAAAAAAAGAGGUUAUAUGGCUUUUAGAUUCUUAGAAAUGAUAAACACGCUUGUGUUUAAUUGUUCUUCAGUGAUAGACCAGUUGAAUGAUUUGUGCACAAGUUUAACCUAAAUUCAUCCUAACAGAUUGAGCUCACCACUAUGCUGAUUGUUCUUAGGGCUGCUGGGGAAACACACUUUUUUUUAGCGGUAGUUUGAUCUACGUGAAAUGAACGCCAGAAGUAGUUUAAUCUGAUACAGAACAUCUACAUCUUGAACAAGUGUCUUUAAAACAGAGGGAGGGGGGGAAAAAAGGCCAUUUAGUCUCAAGACAUAGAACUCUGAGUUUGAAUUAGCAACUUAAAAACAAUGGGCCAAAUUCACAGAAGUUAGUUUAGGCAGAUGUCUGGCAUCCUAGAAAACUGGAACUCUGAGGACAAGAAGUUUGUGUUCUUCCUACGAUCAGUCUGUAUUUUUUAGGGAUGUUACUUUACAUUUAGAUGUCAAAAGGUAACGAUGAUUAUUUGGUGCUGCUGUUCUUGCCAGCAUUGUCUGCUUUUACAUUGACACUAACGGAAAGGAUAGUAGCAACCUCCUUUUGUACAUCUGUCAGCAUCUCCUCUGUAGGCUUCUGCAUCUGAUGACCAAAAAGAGACAGAUUAGUGUAGAGAAAAUACAUCCUAAUGUUUCCACAUUUCCAAGAACCUAAUCUGGAAUUACUCUUUCUUCCUCACUGUGAUAACUGUCAAAAGACCAAGAAAGUCCUUUUAGUCAUGAUACUCUGAAACAGAGGAGCCCAUGUUAGAUCUGGGUUUUAUGCCUGGUAGUAGGUGAAACCCAGAUCGAAGCAAGAAACGUCUGAUGAAAAAAAUACUAACUCGCCUUUCUCCCUGGACACUUGUAGCUGUCUUUCUGCUCCCAGGUUGAACAGGCUGCCUGAAUUACAGGAGGAUGUUGUAUGUGAAAGCCAUUUCCUGGGGUGAGUUCUGACUAUUUGAGAUUGCUGGAAAGAAAAAGGCAAUGGCUUUUGGUGUGUGUCAUGAAUUUGAUGAUAAAAGUAUUGCCUGGCUUCCAAGAUUCAAACUGGUGAGGCACAAAGUAGCCAAUGGUGCUGGAGAGGACAAGCCAAGAAUCCCCUGGUUUGACUUUGGAAUGGGGGAGGAGCAAAACCAUGUUGUCAGCAUAUUUCAUUGAACUCUGUAUGGAUGUGAGAUGCUGUAAGAGAGAUCAGGGUCUGGCCUUUUCAGCAUUGACUGCUACGUGUGGUUGGGAGAUAUUCUUGUUUGGCUGGUAAUGGUAUGGAUGAGGCUGUUGUAGAUGCCAGCAGAUAGAAUAAAGACUUAUAUUAGCUUCAAGCUCCACUGGGAAUACGGGGUCAAAAAUCAGUGGUUGCUGAGUGGGAAAGGACAAAGCUAGUAGGGAGAGAGAUGCUAUUUUUAAGUUUCCAAAAAUACUAAAACAGAUCAUUAAAAUCCUUGGGAAUAUGCCUCUAGCAAGCAAAAUCUGGAGUUGCCUUAAUCCUUAAGGUUGACCCAGAAUUAAUUUUCUUUUAAAAAAACCCAAAACUAAAACCCACCCAAGCAACCUGUCCAUAAUAUCUCCAUUUUUUGUUAGCAGAGACCGCAUUUAUGUUAGCAUUAAAUCCAGCCUUCUUUAAAAGAUGGGAAAAAAUAAAGAUCCAAGUUAAUGAUCUGAUUAAACUGGGACAUUUUCCAUUUUGGCAGUGUUCUGUUAAAUAACACUCGGCUACAAUGGUAGGCCUUAGCACAUCUGGUCUGAAAAACACAGGAAGAGGAAACACAUUGUUUAUCAGACUAAAUAUAGUUGGAUUGGAUGUCUUCUUUCAGUAAAAUGGUCAGAGAUGGUGGCUGAUGUAUACUGGGCCAGAUUUUCAGUUGCUGUAAAUAUUACAGUUCCAUAUAUUCCAGUAGUUAUAAUAGUAUUUACAGCCCAUUGAGGAUCAUCAUCUCUUUGCAGAGUAUAAAAUUUAAAUUAAACCAUGUGCUGUGGAUCAGCUAAUGAGAGAUGCAGAGUGUCCACAUUUCCUUUGGGCUACGUGCACAUUGUAAGCCUUUCAGUUGUGCCAAGGAUGAGAAAAAUCUGGGUGAGUUCAGCCUAAAGAAAGCAAUUGAAUGCAUUCAUUAUUGCUCAUAAUCUGUCUGUUAUUUCUGUUUGAACAAACAGAGUCCAUCAGUUACCAGUUUAUUUCAUGUUUACAGCAUGUGUAUAUUUGCACUGUGUACUGGGAGAGAGGGAAGCUCCUUCCUGAGGCCUCCUGCGUCAGGAGAAAAGCAUUGGAAAGAGCUAUCAGCAUGCUGGUCUCUGUCUGUGAAUUGUGGUUGUGGCUGGUGGGAACUCAAAGCUACUGGUAACAGCAGUUUAGCUCAGAUUCAUCUCGGCCAACCAUAGGCUGCUGUGCUCCUUGCCUAGGUGCCCAAGGCACACUGCAUAGUCACUUGAGGGGAAAGAAAUUGCCUGGUGGGUGGAGAAGAUACGGCACCUUCUCAUUCUACCAGUUACAUACAGGAAACUUCCUCAACUUAAGCACAUCAGCAAGUGUCUUUAUGAUGAACCUGAGCAUUGCAGUGCUCAGCAGCAGCACACCCCUGCACCCUGGCUCCCUCCUGUAGUUUAUGCACACCUGCAGGAUGUUUUGGAAGCCACUUGGACUGAGCUAUGUUGACAGUGGGAAACGAAGGGGCAAGAAAGUAUGUCUACCCUGGGGUGAGUGUCCAGUGUGGGGUUUUAUGGAUUUCCCUGCUCGGUGAAGAACUGUGUGUAGAUGAGCCUGUGGUAUGUUUUCUGUAUUUGUGUGGAGCUUCACCUCUUAAUUUUGAGCCAGUUAUGAACCAGGCUCCAGUGACUGGACAGACUCCAGUCACUGACAGUGAGAUGAAGAAACUGAUCUUGCUCAGACCUUGCCUCUGGUUUGUUCCCAGUCUUCGUUGGGAGCACUGUUUCAGAACUCAGCUUUGAGCACCAGUUCCUUUAGAGCUAAGGUUGAGCUUUCCUCUCGGUCUGCUGUUUCUGCCAGGAGUACCUGAUCUGAUAACACCAGUUACUUGCUGUAUCUAGAAUUCAGCUAAAGGGAGAAUAAAGAUAAUCCUGUGUCAGGAUGGAGAGAAAGAAAGGGUUAAAAGAAAGCAAGUGGUGUCACAACUGGGUGAGGCAUCCACCAUCACUGUAUCAUGCUGCUUCAUGGCAUGUUUUGCUCUUGCUUCUGAGUACAAUGAAGGAGCACAAUUCCAUCUUAAACAGUGCUGUCUUCCCAGUAUCAACCUCUCACUGACCCCAUGGUUAGUGUUUGUUGUAAAAAGAGCUAGUCCUCCCUGGAGGUUUGAAUGAACUAACAGAGUGCUGGCUUGUAAGAAGUGGAAAGAAGGGAAGAUGCAGAAGAUUGAAGGCUCUUAACUUUUGCUUGCCCUGCACAAUUCAGUUACAUAGAAGUUGAUAAGCAAAGCAAAUUUUAAUCUUGUUCUGACAGAACAAGUAAAGUAUUGCAGUCACUCAUUUUUAGCACAUAGAAAUAUCUGUCUUGUUUUCAAAGCAAAGGAGAGGAAAGAUACCUAGUCCCUCAUGAUUAGAAUUUAGUGGAUUAUCUCUAAUACAGUAUAGUAAAUGAGGCCAUUCCCUUUUUUAACCUUGUCCAGUACCAUUUUAAAACCUGUUUUUUUUCAUGCCAUUAUAUGCAAUAUGGUGUCUGGCAGUAACUUUGAUUAUUGGGAAGGAAUCUUGCAGUGUCCUCACAUGACAUGAAAUAAUUUUUCUAAUGCAUGAUUUGCUGACUUUGGACAAAAGCCUAUUUUCUUCCUGCUCGCCAAGGAACUGUUGAGGCAGGCAAAUGCACUCCCUUCUCCUCUACAGAGCAGAGAAAGCAUUUCUGGAGCCCAUACAAAGUGAUUCAUGGCCUUAUGCAGUCCCCGUAGGCCAGAAAGCCCAAAGAUGCAGACACUUUACCUCCUCCGUUUUCCUCUGAAAUGAGAGCACAGCAGUAACUCUGACAACUAGUCUGUGGCUGCUGAGUAACCAAGCUGUAAUUUAAGGUGGGGAGCAUUUUCCCUUUUGCACUUAACGGAGUACUGUGUAUCCAGGCUGGAUUUCAGUAUUUGCUUCUGUAAAUAUAACAGUAUCGAUUUGCAUCCUCCACCUGAAUCCCAUAUCUGUCUAUAUUCCUAUCUCCCAAGGAGAGAAGAUAAUCUUUAAGCUUCUGUAAUAUUAAAUAUCCUUGCCCUAACCUGAAUGCACAAAAAUAGAGUGCAAUGACAUAUAGCUACUUUUUUUGAUUUAAUUUAUUUUUUCUUGGAAAAUAAUUUUGCCUACAUUCAGUAGUAAUGAAAAGAUGGUGUCUGUAAUUAGAGAGCAGUGAAUCUGUUGAGAGUUGUUCAUGAUGCUCAUGUAAACUAGAUACGGGAAGGGCUAGUAGAGGGCUUGGUUCCCUGCACUGAACAGUGCUGGAUUACACCUAUAUUCUCCAUCAAACUUGUAAUGUAGAUUUAGCAAGUAGCAUGACACAAACUUACCAGGUCAAGUUACUUGAGGUUUGUUGAUGUGUUAAAAUUCUGUAGGAAAAGAUUUUAAAAUGAAAGUUGUAGCAAGGUGAAAAAUCCCCUUAAUAGCUACUUACACACACUCAAUAGCUCAAAUUUUUGUAUUGUUUUCCCACCUUUAAAAAGGGAGAUUUUGAAGCACAGGCAGGUAACAUCCAGUAUUUUCAAGUUUCAUGGUUGGAGCUCUUGGGAGUUUUUCUCCUUCUGUGGUGAACAGCAUCUGCACUUUUUCAGUGGAUAGUCAUUGCAAAACUGACUUACAUGACAUUGUAAAAUGUAGAGUGAUAACUGAGGAUCCUGUAGCACUUUUCAUGAAUUAAGGUGAGAUUCUUCUGUGUUUGAGCAAGACACUGCAGCUAGUCAGUAUACCUAACAAAUGCAAGCCUGUUUAUCCCACAUGCUUGGAGUUGGUCAGAUGAACUGCACCCUGAACUUCAUUGACUCUUAACAUGUGGCUUGCGGGCAGACACGGACACUACAGACAUCUGAAAUUAGGUGAGGUGGAUCUUCACCUGGGAGUGUGCUGGCUGGAUUGCAGCACUUGUCUUUGUGUUGUAGUUAGCAAUGGUACUUACCUCUGCUUCUGACUUGAUGCUUGUUGGGAAGUGUGAGGCUUUUUUUUUGUUUGUUUGUUUUUUGUUUUUUGUUACUAGAGCAGGUAGCACUACAGUGGUGAAUAAAGUAACUGAUCUUUGGUUAUAAUACUGUGGCCUAAAAAUGAUCUGGGGUUUCUCAAGUAUUUUAGAGAUAAGGUUACUAUAUGAACAUAGGAACUAUAUGGACCAUGCAUAACUUAGAAUGUGUUAAGACUCAUAAUAUUUGUGUCCCAGCUGAUGAAAGUAUUUCCUUAUGCUUAUCCAAUACUAGAUACCUAUCAUGAAACUUUCCCUAAAGAACCUGCUAGAAUGACAGAAGAUUCAAGUCUUCAUCUGUGAUAUGAAAUGGUCAACUGCAAGAGCUCCGUUAUGAUGUCAAAAUGUUGCCUCCAGUUCCAACUUACAAAAGUGUUUCCUAUUUUGCAUAGUUGGCUAUCUGCAUGUAUGCUUACAGUCUGUACAGAAAUGCACUAAAAUGAGUUGCCCUACCUGGGAAGGCUUUAUAUUGUAUAGAAAAUGUGGCACUAGGUACUGCUCUUCAUGUGCACAGGAGAGUUAACAUGUGUCGAUCUCGUUUACAGAAAUGAUGGCGCUUUGCAAUUUUCUAUAAUAUAUUGCAAUAUAUUUAAAUGUCCUGUUUGACAUGUGAAAUGAAAUUAAGUUAAUGCAUUGUUAUGUAUUUGAAGUAUGAGGAAGACGAUUCACUAACGACCAGCAAGGUUUUUAGAAGGUGUCCAGUAUGUAGCCCUCUGUGUGAUCUGUCUGGUGUAUGUGAUGUUAAAGGAAGCAACAAUACUGUCACUGUUUAGAAUGAAGAGUUUCUUUUGAAUGAUGCAAUAGCUUACAGUGUCUUUCCUUUGUAGCUGCCCAGUGUGGUGAAGGGGAAGCAAUUCUUGAAAAAGUUCAAGAUAACUGGUUAACUGUGAAUGGGCCUAAUCUUUCGUGAAACCAAGAAAAUUUUUGGACACACACAGGACUUGAAUACUCAAAAGGAUUGGAACUUAGUGUUGUGCCAAAGUUAAACUACUGCAGUUGGCAGAAGUUCUGCACUGUAAAUAGAAGACUGAUUAAAAGCUUGUAAAAAAAAAAAUCAAAUUUUAAUACAGUACAUUUUUAUUCUGAUACAUGAUGGAAACAUUCUGUUAUAGACCUUUUUUGAAGAGGCUUCAGUGACCACUAGAUUUUGUCCUCUUAUAUUUUGUUUGGCCUAAUACUAUAUGUUCUAGUAAGAUGGGCUUUAUUGCCUGUGUUCUUUGAUAUGUGAUUAAGCUUAUAGCUUUGAGUGACCAAACAUUUUACAGAGUAAAAGUUCUUAGAAACAGUAUAACAUAACUGAUAUUUCUGUGUCUUAUUUAUCAGGCUCUGCACAAACUUGGAAAGUUGUGCUGGACUUGUACAACUCAUAUAUGGGAACGCAGCAUACUUCUGGAUAUUACAAACCUAAGCCUUUGUGGCAGUAUGGAUCUUGUCUUUGGAUUUAUUUUUGUUAUUUUCUUGAGGCAAAGAGACAAAUGGAUGCUGCUGUAAAAUAUUUGUAAUAUUUGCCAUUAUUGCUUUCUGUAGCAACUACUGCUUUUGCUUCAACAGAUAAAGAAAAUAAAUCAGAGAUAGAAAAUUCCUGGUAGAAGAAAGGAUCAUGUGGGGACUUCUGAAAAUAAACUUUGUACCAAAAAUUUGAAAAAAAGAAA